AGCGAAAGCAGACGAGGGUGAUCAGGAAGCCCGCAGUCUCUGGCCCUCGCCCUCGCCCUCGCCGCAACCGGACACGCCAUUUUCUUUCUUUUCCUCGGCUUUUCUGCUGGCUGCUUGUGUGUUGCACACCGACCACUACCAGUACGCCCGCCUCGCCGCAUACAUACAAGCCUCGCCCUCGCCCUCGCCCGCAGCACCACUCUAGACCCAACUCCCAGCACCACUAGCCUUCACUUCAGUAACGCCCCCGGCCACGAGCCUCCCUCCAGUGUGAUUCGGUUCAGGGCAUACCCAAACCCAAGCAAGCUCGCCGUCGCCGGUUCAACCGGCAUUGCUUCCUCGGUUCCGCUGGGUGGGCGGUUCUUGGCCGUGGUUGAGCAGGAUUCGCGCGUCAUCCCCGGCAGCGGCAGGCCAGAUUGGCGGCGGCGGCGCUCGAUUUGGUCCGAGAUUUGGGGGGCUUGCCCUGUUCGGGGUCCGGGAUUCCGUGGAACCCAGAGGCAAAUCGGCCCCUUCCAGAUUUGGAGAGCUUUUCUUGCGCGGCCACACCUUCCAUAGCAGAGCACAGAGGGGAGAGGAGAGGGGAAGAUAGAGUCGGGGGCGGCGUCAGUCCGGCGUGGAUAAAUUCGGUCCUGCUGCUCCAGGUUCAGCGCCCUCUCCGCCUUGCUAUGAGACAGCAAUGAGGGAGGAGAUCAACAAGAAGAGCAAGGUCUCCUGGUCCAAAUCCCUCGUCAGGAAGUGGUUCAACAUCAAGGGCAAGGCGCAGGACUUCCACGCGGAUUACGACGCCGCCACCCAGCAAGGACGGGAUGGUGGUGAUGAACCGAGGACCAGCUGCUCGCAGAGGGACGCAGGCGCUGCCAAGAAAAGCAGAACCGAACGGUCGCUGAAGCGGAAUGUCGAUCGCGUACGCAGAUCAAGGAAUGAGUUCGAUGUGUCACGCCUCACAGAAGCUCAAGAUUACAGAAUCUUUGCCUCGACCUGGAAUGUUGGUGGUAAAUGCCCAUCAAGGGGGUUAGAUUUAGAUGAUUGGCUCCAUUCUUCACCUCCUGCUGAUAUCUAUGUGCUCGGAUUUCAAGAAAUUGUUCCUUUGAAUGCUGGAAAUGUUCUUGGUACCGAAGACAAUGUUCCAGCAAAGAAGUGGGUAUCGCUUAUUAGGAGGACACUGAACAAGAACCCUGGGCCUAGCAGUCAUGGUGGCUAUCGCACUCCAUCCCCUGUCCCUGAUCCGGUUGUGGAACUAGAUGCUGAUUUUGAGGGAUCAUUGAGAAGACAGGAUAGCUCAUCAUUUUUCCACCGUCGGUCAUUCCAGAACCUUAGUCGGAGUUUAAGGGUUUCAGGAAAUGAUAUGUUCUCACAACCAAGAUUGGACCGCAGGUUUAGUGUUUGUGACCCAGUUAACAUAGGAGGCAGACCAAGUGAUUUUGAUGGAAAUUUCCAGUGUAUUGGAUCACCAGGCGAUGAAUAUAUUGACGAGGAUAUAAGUAAUGGAGCAUAUUUUUCACCAUUCCCAUAUGGUUAUGGUACUUCAGCACCCAUGGAAGAAGAUGAUGAGCAGCCAAAUGCUUCUAGGUAUUGUUUGGUUGCCAGCAAACAGAUGGUUGGUAUAUUUCUCACAGUUUGGGUACGCAGUGAAAUAAGAGAUGAUAUUCGAAACCUGAAAGUUUCCUGCGUGGGUAGAGGAUUAAUGGGUUAUCUUGGAAAUAAGGGUUCUAUAUCAAUAAGCAUGUCUUUGCAUCAUACAACCUUCUGUUUUGUCUGUUGUCAUUUGACCUCUGGCGAAAAGGAGGGAGAUGAAUUGCGCAGAAAUUCUGAUGUCAUGGAGAUCUUAAGGAAGACAAGGUUUCCUCGUGUCCGUGGAUGUGGCGAUGUUAAGUCACCGGAAACAAUUCUUGAGCAUGACCGCAUCUUAUGGCUUGGUGAUUUGAAUUACCGGAUUUCUCUUCCAUACUCGUCAGCAAAAGUUCUGGUUGAAACACAUAACUGGAGGCAACUCUUGGAGAGAGAUCAGCUUCGUAUAGAGCGGAGAUGCGGACAUGUUUUCCCAGGAUGGAAAGAAGGAAGGAUUUAUUUUCCUCCAACAUAUAAAUACUCUUUCAACUCAGACCGGUAUUCUGGUUAUGGUGUGCGUCCCAAGGAAAAGAGGCGAACGCCAGCUUGGUGUGAUCGUAUUUUGUGGCAUGGUACUGGCCUCAUUCAGUUAUCAUAUGUCCGAGGAGAAUCUCGAUUCUCCGACCACAGACCAGUGUACAGUAUUUUCAUGGCGGAGGUUGAAAUUCUCCACCAGAGGAGAAGGAACAUGGGCUAUUUCAGUUCUAGAGUCGAGGUGGAAGAGCUGUUGCCGUAUUCUCACAGCCAUGGAAACAUAAAGUUCUACUAAUUCAGCCCCUCCCCUUGCUAUAAGCUGAUCGGUCCUCAGCGAUGAAUAACUUGGUUCCAAGAUCUGUUGGACGAUCAGAUGUGAAUGUGCAAUAUUUUUCCAUCUGUUUUUCAUAACAUUUUAGUGACACCUGAGAUGUAAAGCCUAGGACAGAUGCGUGGGGAACAUAUAGCUGCAAAAGCUAACAUAGAGGAUAGCUGGGCAAUUUUGCAACUAACAAUUUGCCCGCGGCGGCUACGUUCAUCAUCGGAAGAAUCGGCCAGCUCACAUGACUGACUAUACAACUCAACGAGCUCUUUCCACCCAGUCAAUGUCGCCCCUUUGUUCGGAGGCAUCCGCAAGCUCCAAUCAUUGCCUUUUCUUCUUCUUCUCCUCCGCUUUUCCCCUUUGCAAACCCUGUAAAUUAAUCAGGCUGGGCGGCCAGUGUACGUAUGUAGGAUCGGCAUGAGGUGUAGAAUCAUUGCAGUUCGGCGGAGGGAAUGAUACUCGGACUGGACCCAACGAUAUUAGUAGCUGUUAGUUAUUUUUCCAGAUGAUGAAUUUUUUUUGUGGUGUGAGGAGGGAAUGAUAUGUGUUGUUGAUGUGA